CUUCUCUUCAUCCCUAACCCAUAAACAACGGUGGCGGCGGGAAACUAUCCGAAAAAUUAUCGGAAGCUUGGGGACCUGGGCUGAGUUUCUGGAGAAAAGGGGAACAAUGAAAACCCUAGUUUUCCUUCAAAGGAGAUAAGAUCCCACUCUUCCUUUGCUUCUCUUACGAAAACCUCUGUGUGUGUGUGUGUGUGCGUGUGUCUCACAGAGUGCCUCGGAACCAUGUCGCCAAUGGAUAAGAAGAUUGAUGCCGCAGAAAAGGAGGUUCUCGCUGACAUUGUGAGGUGGACCCAAAAGAAUGGUAUGAAGGGUGCCAAAGGGGGUUGGAAAGAGUUUUUGAAUAGCUAUGACAAAAAGUUCGGUUCUAACUUAAGUGAUCCUGCACGAAGGACAGUGGAUACAUUGGCUGCAUUUCUGAAGACAUUUACAAACGAUGAAGAUUUAAAGGUUUUGGAAAAAGUAAUGCGGUGCCAUUCAAACCGUAAAGCAGUUGUGGAGCUUUCUGAGGGCUCUCCAGACCUUGAGUCCCCUCAACAGAGGCUGGUUCGCAUGACUCUUGAACACCCACAGUACCCGAUAAAUUACUCAUUCCCAUUCUAUAGCGAGGAAUGGGUGGUUACAAAGCUUGGUAAAAGUUCAGAAUCGUUGAAGUCCAAUGCAAUGGCUGCUAUUGAUUGUGAGAUGGUUCUUUGUGAAGAUGGUACAGAAGCCGUGGUGAAAGUAUGUGUUGUGGAUCACAAUUUGGAGGUCAAACUUAAUGAACUUGUGAACCCAAAUAAAGCUGUUGCUGAUUAUAGAACUCUAAUUACCGGAGUCUCUGCAAAGGAUUUGUGCAAAAUUAAUUGUUCAUUGGCAGAUGUACAGAAAUCAUUGAAGAAGUUAGUGUCACGCGGGACUAUUUUAGUUGGCCACAGUUUGAAUAAUGAUCUAAAAGCACUAAAGUUGGAUCAUGCAAGAAUAAUUGACACAUCUUUUAUAUUCAAAGUUCUGGAUGGACGCAGAAGGCCUUCUUUGAAAGAUUUGUGUAAGUCUGUGUUGGGCUAUGAACUUCGGAAGGAGGGUGCUCCACAUAAUUGUCUAGAUGAUGCACUUGCUGCAAUGAAACUAGUUCUUGCCAAGAUUGAGCAUGGUUUUGAUGAUGUUAUAAUGUUACCCCGCAGAGAUGUAUCUGAAACUGAACUAGAAAAGCUUCUUCUUCAUAGACUACCAAUUGAUGUUCCUAAGGAAGAAUUGCUGAAAAUAUUUCCAGAGGAAUUUGAAAUUGAAUUUCAGCCAAAAAUAAAUGCUCGAGGACAAACAUACUCUGCAUUUGCCAUUUUUAAAGAUGGACAAAAGGCAAAUGAAGCAUUUGAAAGAGUUCGAGGAUAUGAAGUGAAGGAUUCAUGUGGACGGCCCCAGAAACUUGUUUCGAUUCAGCGUAGGAAUGGACUAACUGCCAACCUCUAUGUCCGUAAGAUGGGAUGUGCUGAUACCCAUGCUGAUCCCCCUGACCAAUCUACUUUGGAGAAGAAAUAUCCCCCUGACCAAUCUACUUUGGAGAAGAAAUUUGCCAAAGUCGAAGAGCUCAUCAAUGUGUCCAAGAAGCGGAAGACAGAUAUGGUGAUCACAGAGGAAUUGGCAGAGCCAAAGACAACUUCAGAUCAGUGUGUUCAUCAUGCCAAAGAGAUCAAAAGUUUGAAGCGGGAACUGCGCCAGAAGGAUGAUGAAAUUCAUAACCUGCAGAAGAUACUCUCUGCUCUUACGAGGAAACAUGGGCUUUGAAAACAUGCAUGGAUAGAUGGGAAUACCUUUUUAAUAUUGAUCGUUUUAUCUUUUUAAUCGAUGUCAACAUCAAAAUUUUCAGUGGAACUCCACACCAGCCAGUAAGUAGAGUAAGUUAUCAUCCAAAACAGUGAAAGAUUUAAGCUUAGACACCUUGUUUCUCUGUAAUUUCGCCAUAAUCUAACCGUAAUCUUGCUAUGUUUUA